AUGGUCAUCGCUGCAUCCAGUACACCGCCCCUCGCAACAACGAAAUCAGGCCUAACUCUACACCAUGCUACCCUUUCCGAUAUAUCCAAAAUAGGCGACCAUUUUGUCCGCGCUUUUCACCCAAACAACCCUUUUAAUCAGAAGCUCAUACCAGAUACCCCACUAACAAGGGCUUGGUGGCUGGAAUGGCAUCUCAAUGCCUUCAAGGACGAAGGGACGGUUUUCCUUGUCUGCAAGGACGGGGGCACACCAGUGGCGAUAUCUAGAUGGAUAAAGCCAGCAAAUGAAGAUGGGGGGAUUACGACAGAUGGGUUCGGGGGGGAGGAAACGGUGGAUGUUCAUCGAACACCAGAAUUCACAGAAGAUCAUGACCUACAGCUUUGCCAGGAGUUUUUUGGCUCUUUUGAACACUACCGGAAGGAGUUAAUGGGAAGGAGGAGGCAUUAUUAUCUGGAAUUCAUUUCUACGGUUGAGGAAUACAAAGGCCAGGGGGCAGCCAGCAUGAUGAUCAAAUAUGGACUCGAUCUGGUAGAUGCAGAAGGAGUGGAGUGCUAUGUUGAUUCAAGUCCAGAUGCAUUGGCCAUGUACGAGAAGUUCGGUUGGGUCAAGGUCCAUGAGAAAGAAUUCAUGCAGCUGGGCGAUUUCCGCUACGUAGAGAGUUAUUGUGUCAGACUAGCGGUGAGAAAGAAAAAUUAA